UCCCCAGGGGUCGAAAAUGAGACGACUUAUAGAUUUCCCACAGGUAUACUCUGUCACCACAAGUAUUCACUGUGUGUGCUGCUUCUGGAAGUCACGAUGCCACGACUGAAGAUGCCUUCACUGUCCUGAUAUGAGGCAGUAAUUACUUAUUCACGACACGCAGUGACUGCACGUAGGCAGUGGCUCAAGUCGCCGUGACACGGUCAAUCCAAACAACAGUCUUAAAUAUGUAUAUACCGAAUGCCUCCGUGGAUUCUUGCUCCCGCCCAUCAGCAGAGUACUUUCGAAAUUCGCCAUAGACAGCAGCAUUCAGAGGUCUUCAACAUGUCUGACAACUCUACGGUCGAACACCAAUGGAGCAGUUCUUGGGACGCAGAAUAUGAUGGGGUCGAUGAUCAUCAAGCUUUCCAUGAUGUGCCGGAGGACAACAGUGUAGCGGACGUUGACAGUGUAUCCGAAGAGGGCGACUACAACAACUCCGAGUACAGCUGGAACUCUGCCGCUUCCCAUGAUGCAUCCAUUCGUGAUGGAGGAGACGAUGUGUCAUCAUCUGUCGGGAGCUCGCGUGACGAAGUGGUCGAGACAGUCGACAAUCCCGAGAGCAAUCUUAGCUAUGAGCGAGUUUUGUCCUUGAACCGCCAUCCAGCUGAAAUCUCUGGACCGUCCGAGAAUCCUGAUUUACAGCUACUCAGCCUCCCGAUCGAAGUGAGACGACCGAUAUGGCAGUAUGCAAUGACAAAGCUAUGGGGUGAUGUCCGAGUUUCUUUCCUAAUGCUUGCCGGAGCAGAUGAAGAUUACAACCGCGGAUAUGGCCCACUCCGGAAAGGGCUCUCUGUGGGACUGGCAUUAGGAAGAAGAAACCCCGUGGCCCUCUUGUAUGUUUGUCGCAAGAUAUACCAGGAGGCGGUCCCACACCUGUACGGGGAAAAUCGGUUUGUGAGCUUCAAUGUGCGAGGCUUCCAACACUGUUUCGUCAACGACUCAGACUAUGGCAUAGGAGGAGCGAAUACCGCCAUGAUCAAGAAGGUCUCUUUCGGCGUCCCCGAGCCUGUCAAGCAGGACCCUGCAAACAACCUUCAGGGAUUUGUCGACUUCAUGAGCAACACACUCAUGGGAGUUGAGGAGGCCGAGCUCAGCAUCAAGUACGAGUCGUACUAUGUGGACCCACCAACCAGCGGUCAGCGUUCAUCCUGGUCUCAAGAACGACGAUCUCUGUUGCACACAGUUGCUUGCCUUGCGGAGUCACACCCUAAGUUGAAGAAAGCUAUCUGGUGUUCCUCAAGCGGCGGUUCUAUGCAGACAUUUUGGCAUGGAACAAAGAUGAUCGUGCGAUUCGCUGUCCAUAUGGUACCCGUGGGAAAGGAUUUGAUGUGCUCAAGCGUCGGCGAAGUACUAAACAUCAGCGGCAAAAACAUUCAGGGCAGGAGUGUAGUCUUGGACUGUGAGAAGCUACGCAAAACAUCGUGGGACGACCUUCUUGACAAAGUGCCAACAGAGUUUGAGCUUGUCGAAGAUGCAGAAAGCUUUGAAGUCACGGUGAUUUAGGAAUCUAAUGGUGAGGUUAAAUGAACGAGGUCAAGGCCUCCUGGAAGAAUGGCUGGUUGUGAAGCACUUGAUGCGCGGGUGUCGUCUCGCAGGC